UUCUCUCAAACUAUUUAGUUUCUCAGUUCACCCUGACAACACCUUUAGCCUGCCCCUGACUAGGAUGUUUUAAUAUAAAUACAACCAGUAAAGUUUCAUUUCUUUAACAUUUACUAAACCCAGAUCCAAUUAUUUCCAUUUUUACAAUCAAUUCUACUCUUAUAUGCCAGUAAAAGUGUGGUUCUACAUCUUGCAUAUUUGUCUCCAUAACUGUUUGGUUUUGAAAGCCCUCUCCGAACACCCACUCUGUUACUGCUGAAGAUGUUGGCCAGUGGAAGUGUGAGCUAAAGAACUCUAAUUGAGCAUAAUUAGACUCCACUGCAUUUAUCAACAAGUUAGUCCUGUUUUUAGUGGUUUUACACAUCAGGCUUAUGAGUUGCACUGUGGUUCUGAUAACACCGUCCAUGUGUCUUGACUCGUGUACCAGUAUUGACCAUAGGGGGUGGGGGACACUGAACAUGUGUUCAGUGUUUCUAAAAUAGGAAAUUCAGUCACUGCUUGUUAGCCAAUCAAAUAAGAUCCCCACUUGAAGAGCAGAGAGCGUAUGCAGUCUCUCUACACUCAUCAAGACAUUUUGAUCAUGAUGGCAUGUCUGAAGUUUGCCUUAUACCUGACUUGUGCGUUACUGUGGAGAAUAGAACUGGCAACUAAUAAUAAAUUGUCUUCAUCUGUGCAUCAGGAUGGUGGUUUUAUAUCAGCUAAUGUUGGAGACAAUGUGACUUUGCGAUGUUUCUAUGAAGGUGAUGUUGCAGCAAUGUUUUACUGGUACAAACAAACUCUGCAACAGAAACCAAGGCUUCUCUCCUCCUUCUAUAAGCAUGAUACAAGUGGCAUUUUUUAUGCUGAAUUCAAGGACAAUCCACGGUUCUCACUUGAAACAAAUAAUGGAAAAAAUCACUUGACAAUUUUGAAUUUACAGAUUUCAGACUCAGCUACUUAUUACUGCACAACUAGCUAUUUAAACAAGUUUGAGUUUGCUGAGGGCACUACUGUCAGUGUAGGUUCAAGUGUGAACGUCCAAGCUGUGGUCCAUCAGUCGGCAUCUGAGACCAUCCAGCCAGGAGGCUCUGUGACUCUGAACUGUACAGUCCACAAUGGGACCUGUGAUGGAGAAUACAGGGUUUACUGGUUCAAAGACUCUGAACAGUCUCAUCCAGGACUCAUUUACACCCAUGGAGGCAGCAGUGAUCAGUGUGAGAGGAAACCUGAGACACAAACACACUCCUGUGUCUACAACCUGCUGAUGAACAGCUUGAAUCUUUCUCAUGCUGGGACCUACUACUGUGCUGUUGCCUCCUGUGGACACAUAUUGUUUGGAAACGGGACCAAACUGGAUGUAGAAGAUGAAGGCAACUCUUCCAACUCUCUUGUGUAUUUCUUGAGUGGAGCUUUGAUAUUCACCACCGUCAUGAUAGUUUUGUUGGCUCUCUCAUUUUACAAGGAAAUCAAAAGAAACAACUGCCAAUGUACAGGGUCUCAUGAGGGUUUUUCAGCUCCCUCCACAGCAAAUGCAGAGGUUUAUCAAGAUACAGACGACCUCCAUUAUGCUGCUCUAAGGGAACAAAACUUCAGCCGAGUAAGAAGGCAGAGGGAUGACGCUCCGAAUCAUUGUUUGUACUCAACUAUAAGGCAACAGAACUGAAUAUGUUUGAUUUGUGCUUUGUUUCCAUGUAAGAGGUCAUUUUAUUAUCAUCUGUUAAUGUAAUGUCAAUACUCUUUAAAUAGGACAGUAAGUAAACAUGAAUGAUGAUGAAUGUCAAGGCUUUGGGUUGCAGUAAAGUAGCUGAACAAGCUGGUGCAGUGACAGUACAACUGCCUGAUGUGGGUUUUUUAAUGUGUUGCACCAUAUUUCCACUAUCACUCUACUGGCUGGUCUGGUCUCUCAGUGCUCUACUGCUGAAAACAUCAAAUGUACCCUAUAUAUACGCUAAAGCAUCACAGAACCAGGCCACAUUUUUAUAUGUGGUGGCACAGGAGCUACAGCAUCCACUCCUCUGUGCUGACAAAUAUAUGUUGUAGAUGUUGCUACAAACUCAGUCAUAUAAGCAUUUUUAUAUCCUCCCUUGUGGUCUGCAGUCAGAAGAUACCUGCUAAGUCAGUCACAUGCAUAUUUAUGGCCCACUACUUUUUAUCUGUGUGGUUUCAAGCCAGAUGUCUUCACAGAGCAACUGUGCUGUCAGGUGUGCCCACUACACCUACCAGCCAGAUUAAUUGGUGGACUCUAUUACAACACCAGAUGAGAGGAAAGGGAAAACAGUCUUUAUUUGUGGUCAUACACUGAUACUACAAAAACGAAAUAUCCAAAACACACUUAGGCCAGGAACACAGUCCGAUAGCCAAAUUCCAGGUAAGCAGUCCAAAACAGAGGGGGUUAGGCAAACUUUGGUGGUCACAGGCAGGCCGUAGUCAAAACAGCAAUGAUAAAGAAAGCUGGGAAGUCUGAGCAUAGGUCAAGAACAAUCUGGCAGUUGCCAGGUGGGGGUCAGCUGCCUAAAUAGAGAGAAAACAGGUGCAAAGAAUGAGAUGCAGAUUAAGUAAAAGGACCCACACAGAGGCCAAAAACAGAAACGGGAAACAACGCCAAAGUAAAAGUACAAGAACGGAAACGGGCAGUACAAAAACCUGACACUGUGCAUUUAUAAUGCUUUGAUUCUUUUAGUUCAUAAUUAAUUUUUUUUUGAAAAGAUCACGCCCACUGAUGCU